GUCGUUGCGCACGUCUCGCUGAGCUCGACUUUCCAAGGUGGCACUUUCGCUGUCGUGCCAAUACGCCCGCGACCACUCGCUUCAAUGUUCUAGCAAGGCGUUUGGCUGUACGGAGGCGAGGACUGCAGCAACGACACUGUUGCUAAGCUUCAGAAGGCGAAAUGGGCAACAUAUGCCUGAAAGGCACUAAGCGUUCUUCAGAUGACGCAGCAUCACAGACAUCGCAAGACAUUGCGUACCCGCCGCCCACUCUGUGGAAGCCGCGAAACCCUAAAGAAAUGGUGGAGCGCCCGCGCGAGACGCUUCAGGACCUGUGUGUCGCCGCGGUGGUGUCGGCCUGGGACUCCCUGCCCACACCCGCCCUGGAGGCACUGCCGUCAGACCUGCUGCAGCGUGUGUUUGACGAGCUGGUGGCCACGGGCCGCUUCGAGCUGUGCCACCUGGCCCGCUUCAACACCCUGGACCUGGACACAGUGGCGCUGGUGGGGCGGCCCGACGUGCGUGAUGAGCGGCUGUCCUCGCUGGACAGGUGCUCGCGGCUGCGGAGCCUGGACCUCACAGGCUGCUCGCAGGUGGGGGACGCGGGUGUGGCCCGGGUUGGGCGGCGGCACGGCGGGCUGCGGCGGCUGCGGCUCAACCACUGCCUGGCUAUCAGUGACAGCGCCAUGCACCACAUACGGGGCCUGACGGGCCUUGUGGAGCUGGAGCUGCGCGGCUGCGAGGGCCUCACGGGCGAGGGCCUGAUGCACCUGGCCGCCCUCAGCGCCCUCACACGACUGGACCUGGACCAGUGCACGGCAGUCAAGGGCGGUCUGCAGCACCUGUGUCCGCUGCGGCGUCUGGCGGUGCUGCGUCUGGGCUGGUGCGCCUUCCUGACAGACAUGGAGGCGGGCUGGCUGGCGCGUGGCGGCUUCAGUGGGGCACUGAGGGAGCUGGUGCUCAGCCACACACAGGUGGGUGACGAGGGCCUGCAGCAGCUGGCGCCCGCCCUGCGCGCCCUCACAGCACUGGACCUGACCGGCUGCGGCCGAGUCACCGACACGGGGGCGGCGGCGCUCAGCAGGCUCACAGCGCUGCGGACGCUGUCUCUGGACCGCUGUGACCAGGUCGGCAACGCCGGAGUGUCAGCCCUCACCGCCCCCGCCCCCACCGCCCGCUCCCUCCCCACCUCCGCCUCCUCCCCCUUCCCCUCCGCCGCCGCCGCCGCCGCCGCCCCGCCGCCGCCCGCGCUCGCCUCGCUCUCCUCCCUGUCCCUCGCCUACACUGGCGUCACCACCGCUGGGAUCACCGGCCUCACCGCCCUCACCGCCCUCACCUCCCUCAACCUGGACAGCUGCGGGGUGGGCGACGCCGCAUGCCGGACGCUUCGCCGCCUGCCGCGCCUGGCCUGGUUGAACUUGGCGGAGACACAGGUCGGCGAUGCAGGGCUGGAGGCACUAACCGUGCCGCUGCCCCCCGCAAACCCCAACCCGCCCGCCCCGCUGCUGCCGCUCAGCCCCCGCCCCAGCGUCAGCGUCGGUCGCAGCCUGUCCCACGGCGCCGGCACCGGCGGUUACAACUACGGCAACAGUAACGGCAGAGUCAGUUAUAACGGCGGUAUGAGUGGCGGCGGCGCCGCCACCAGCACUGCAGGGCACGGGCGCUGGAGUCUUGGCGGCGGCGGCGCGGCGGGAGUUGGAGUGGCGGCGGCGGCGGCGGUUGGCUCGCCGCCGGCGGCGCCGUCGGCCUUCGCGGCACACGCGUACGGCAGCCCUCCGGGGCCCGGCGGCGCCGGUCGCUUUAGUAACAGCGGCGGCGCCGCCGCUGGCGGUUACUCCGGUUACUCGGGUUACUCGGCGGCGGGGGGUAGCAGCUUCGGUCGGACCAGCACGCCGCCCCGCGACGCGGCGGCUUUGGCGGCUGCGGCUGCCGCGGCGGCUGCGGCCGCGCUGUGGGGCCCGCCCUCCACCCUCACACACCUCAACCUGACCUACACCAAGGUGACGGACGAGGGUCUGGCGCCCCUGGCCGCACUCACCGGGCUGCAGUACCUGAACCUGGACUCGGGCACGCUGACGGACGCGGCCCUGCGGCACGUGUCGCGCCUCAGCUGUCUGACCGCGCUGGACGUGUUCGGCUGCCGGCUGACGGACGCGGGGGCGGCGGUGCUGGGCGGGGCGCCGGCACUGCGCGGGCUGAGGUCGCUCGAGUGCUGCGGCGGCGGCAUCACAGACGCGGGCGCGCUGUGUCUGGCGCGGCUGACGGCGCUCACCUCGCUCAACCUGAGCCAGAACCCGCGGCUGGGCGACGCCGGCGUGCGCAGCCUGGCAGCACACCUCGCCGAGCUGCAGGUGCUGUCCCUCAACCACACCAACGUCACCUCUGCCUGCCUGCGCGAGCUGGCGCAGCUGCCCUGGCUGCGCUCGCUGGCGCUGGCCGGCAGCCGCGUCAGUGAGGCGGGCGUGGCCAGGCUCAAGGCGCGCGCACACCCCGACCUGAUCAUCAAACACACGCCGCCGCCGCCGCCGCCCGGAGCGCGCGUGUUCGCGUAAUGGAGCGUAGGGUGGGGAUGGGGGAUGGGGGAUGGGAGGGGCAGGGAGGAAAGUAAUACACGGGGCGGCGUGGCGUGCGGUGGCGGAUUGGGAGGGAGAGAGGGAGCGAGGGAGCGAGGGAGCGAGGGCGGGGUCCAGGGCCAGCUGCGAACACAGUGUGGGCGGUUGCGUGGGAGGCGGGCCUCUCUAACACACGGCUGGCGCGUGUGAGGGCACGUCCCAGGUGUUUGCUGCUACACAAACAAAUGCAUGCUAGAGCUACGAGAUAAACAACUGCAGUAGUGCAUGUACAUGAGUUGGCUUAUUGAGUUUCAAUUCCGACACCGGAGUUGCUGGGUUACACACGCGAGACGUGCAUUUACGUUGCAUUGAUACAGAGAUAUUGCAUUGAUGGCCCCGUGAGCAAAGCCGCGGGUUGUCCUGGGCUGCGUUGAUCGAGGGCGCGUGUGUGCACAUAGGGCACUAGCAUUGCGGCAAAGGUCCGUUUGUGGGAAGGGGAUCAAAGCGGGGGAUCAAAUUGUUUUGUUGUACUUGUACGGUAUUCGUUUGACGGUGCUCGCGUGAGUUUCCUGCUUACGCUGCACACAGCUGCAAGUGAGGCGCACUCACCGACUGACACCCGCGCGCGAAGAGGCACAGAUGCUCUUCCCACCGAAGGUUGGCGAUCGCCGCUGUGCGAGUUGCGAGCCUGGCAACAUGGCACCAAGCCCGGUAUAACUACCUGCCUCAGAAGUGGGUAGUGGGUGGUAGUUGGUUUGCCUUUGGGUGUUGGGACUGAGCCCCCAGAACGAAACGUUCAGGGGGCUGAAGCCCCCAGCAUCUAUGCCCCCUGUCCUGCGAAGGCUGGUGGAUGUGGCAUGGGGGGGGAUGUGCGCGCAGGUGCUGUGCUAGGCAUGUCAAGUAUAGUGUAUCAGUGUAUGUCUUGGAGAUGACAUGUACGAGCACAGCACGCGUGACGAGCACCCAACAUGUUUUGGCCCUGCAUCCCUCCGUUGCUGCAUGCUGGCCGCUUCCCGUCGUGUGGGCGGACUCAGCCACUCUGGCCAUCCAGGGACUGGGCGGGUGCUCGGGGGCUCGGGGGCGAAGUAGGCUCCAUGGCUCCAGCCUGCUGACCGGCGGCGCACUGGAUAAUCGAGGGCAGGCAGCCUGGCAGGCUCGAUAGUCGGCAGCAAGGCUUCUCCUUUCCCUUUCUAGU